AUGAGGAUUGGGUACACAACACCCUUGAAUAUAACUUCCCAGCAGCAUCAGGUAUCGUCAUUAGCUUUUAAUAUCAUCACAACUCAUUACCACCAAUCCAAAAAGCCCCCCGUAGCAAUCAAUACCAUCACUUCUGAAGCCAUGCAUUUUACGCAAAAGGCCAAUUUCGCAGUCCUGGCCGCGGCUAUCACCGCAUUUGCGGCACCCACCGAGCCCAAGACCAUCACACAAGCAGUCGGGUCUACCACUGCAACCCAAUGGAAGACCAUCACUCGUGCACGUAUGGCUGCCACACAGGCAGACGUGACCAAGCCACAGACCUGUUUAUCUUUUGCAUCUUCCACCUGCACCGAACAUGACCACCCCAUGCCCCUUGCGGCACCACGUACACCAGAAACGACCACUGUGACACGAGAUUCAGCUUACACAAUGCAAGACGUAACCCCCACAGACACGGCCUCGACCGCUUGGAACACCUGGACCACCUCAGAUGGGCAAACUUGGUCUAUGACAAGCUGCACUAACUCAGUGCAGCCAACCCGGACCACCAACGCAGACGGAGGCAUACAUACAACUACCACGUACCUUAUAACAACCAAGACCACCCCCACAGCCACGGCCACAAGCACUCCCGCUAAGCCCCAUGGGAUCGACCACCUCGACGGGUUAUGCAACGACGCAGGCGGUGCCUGCGUAUCCAAAUGGAAGGACAUGUCGCUCUCCUUCUUCUGCACAAGUGGCUCCCAUUGCUCGGCUCCAAACAGCCCCUGCACCAUUGAUGGGAAUGGGGAUGGGGAAGUUCAGACUGAGGUUCACUGUACAUGA